GCUGUGAUAGAAGAAGAGCAAGAACAGAAAUGGAUAUACACAUUAUAAGCCAAUCUACAUAAUUACAGGCAAGCAGAAAGAUAUUUAUAUAUAUAUACAAAUAUAUAUUUCUUUUUUUUUUUCAUUUUCAGAUGAAACAUAUGCAAUUGAAUUGGGGGAAUUUGGGUGAAUGCUGAGAGAGAACAAUAGGCACGCUGAUACGUUGCUGAGAAAUAUUAACAUGGAUGCCCAGUCGGACAACUGUGAGCCCCCACCAUGCGAUCCUCAGCCUUCAGGUAAAAUACGUAAGGCUUUGAAGCUGUUCAGCAAACGCAAGCCAGGCAGUGGUGUAGCCAGUAUCUUCUCUGUGCGUAUAAAAGGUGAAGGUGAACUCAAAUCACCCCCAUCAAGAAGCAAAACCCUGGAUGGAUUAACAGAGAUAGUGGCUCCAGAAGCAGAGGCAGAAUCAGUGGACCUAGACCAGGAGGACAGACACAAAGAUGAUGCUACAUUGGACAAGCCGACAAGCUUGAAGAAUAAUCUUGAGUCAGCCUCAACUAGACAAUCCAUCUCUUCUCUUACUUCUGCUAAAUCACUGAGCUUCCUUAGCAUGCUUCGGUGGAAUCGGAAGGGAGGAGGGGGAGAAAGAGAGGCCCAAACUGAGUCUCACAGACCUGUGCAGCAAAGAAAAGGCCUUAAAAGUCUGUUUGGAAGUGUACGUUGGCACAGAAAAGACAAAGCGGAGGAAGAUGAAGAUUUAACUGGUCCUCCUCUCCUUGCCUCUCGUUCUAAUAGUGUGGAAAUAAUGAAAGAAACCCUGACCCUGACUCCAAGACCUGAACGGCACUCUACAGAUGAAUCAGAGCUUGAACAUCAACCCCCUUCAUCAAAGGAUGAUCAUGUCAGCCCUAGGGACACUAAGGUGAGUGGAGCUGCUAAAACAUCAACUAAUGACAGACUGAGCAUGCUACUUGGAGAUAUAUCAUCUAUAUUGAGCUUGGACUCAUUAGCAGGUGGUGAUGAUAUUGUUGCUGAUGUAGAAGCAGAAUGGGUCAAAGUCAGUAGUCGUGUGGAGGUAAAAGAUAGCACAGGUGAAGCUGUGAAAAAGGAGAAGGCUUUACAAGCUCCUAAACAAACACUUUCUGAUGCAGCUACCCUUAACUCUAUUUCCACUAUACCCUCUUCCACAGCAAACCUCAUUUCAUUUUCUACACCAGCCGAACCCACGCCGAGCUCUACAACAAAACAAACACUUUCACCUCCAUCUACUCCAAACACUGCUACUUCAACUAAUCCUAUCAUAUCCAAUAUAUCUCCCCCUCCAUUUAUUCCUACAACAGAAAAUCUCCUAACUACUAUAUUUAGCCAUGACUCUUCCACUAUUCCAUCACCCAACACCAUACCUGUCCAUAUUACUGUACCUAUGUCAGGUCCAACAACACCAACCUUAACUAUUCCACCUAAACAUGUCACACCUAGUUCUCCACUUACUCCUGAGCCUUCACCUAAACCUUCUCCGAUACUUUUCCCUGCCCAUACCCCUGCUACUAUUUCUAAAUCUCCUAUCUCACUCACAGAAAAAACUCCAGAGCCUGCUGCUGCUUUUACCAUCAUAACUGAGCCCACUCAUGCCCCAAAUCCAGCAACCACCCCUAAUGCUGCUCCCACAUCCAUAACAAGGCCCAUUCAUUCCAUAGCUCUGGAUAUUAAGCACAGUAGUGCUCCAGUAAACAAAUAUCCUCCAUUCAUCACAUCAACCAAGCCUGUUCCAACUGCUCCAGUGAUCAGACCCAAAAUCGUAACUACAUUUGGAUUAUCAACUAGCCGCAACACUGCACCUAUCAUCAAACCUGAGCCUAAGCAGUCUGCUCAUCAAAAUAAAUCAGGUCCUUUACAGACUGAAAAAAAUGGGUCAGGGUCAGUCAUCAAGAAGGGUUUACUUUCAGAUGAUGGACCUCCUCAUGCUGCUAAACCUUUGUUUGUAGUUAGCAAUCAGCCAACUCUGGCAACUUCAUCUGCUACCUCUGAACCCCCCCCACAUAAGGCAGAACUUGCUCAUACUUCUCUACCUUCUGGGUAUUCCCUGCUGCCAAACAUGUCAAACAGGCCUGCUCCAAACAUUGCACCAUGUUAUGUGCCAAGAGGAGAAAAAGGAGAGGAAGAUAUGGCAAGCACAAGAGUUAUACAAGAUACCCAAAAUGCUACUUCUUUCAAGCCAGAAAAGAGGAACCUAAUUAUGAAGCCCACAACUCUCAGUAAGAUCCCUGUGAGUGGUGGGGGGAAGUCAAAGCAGCACCACAAAAAUGCCAAAUCCAAUAGUGAUGAGAGACAGUGGAACCCCCAAACACCAGUGCAUGAUGAGGAAACACUUACUUCUCUCUCCCGGGAGAGCAGCAGCAAGGAUGCCCUGAGUGACAUCUCUACUGAAUCAGGGUCCAUCACUUCUGUCCUAUCCUACAGCAAGGAAGAUAUACUAGAUUCAGCAACCAGCCUCACAAUGGAGACAGUCAGCAUACACAGGGAGUCCAAAAUUCCCAUCAAACAUGGUUCUACUGCAACGUACCACUCAUUGCAAGGGAAAACAGAGGUAUCACGCUCCAAGAUCCCUAUCUCUAAGGUUCCUGUCCGCCGGAUUAGCAAUAAGACUGGGCCCACUUCCACAGCUACUGCCCCACAAAAAUAAUGGACUGUUGUAUGCGAUAUUGCUCUAUUUAAUACACUAUUUAAUUUACAACUGUUCAGAAUCCUCUCAUAUUUGGACUUGGAUCACUAUGCUUUUUUCACAGACUCUUGGAUUAGAUGUCCUGCUUGGAAUAAUACAGGAUUUUACUGUUAUAUUGAUCUGGCCUGCAUCUCUGUGUUUAAAACUCUGUAUGUACUGGCUAUUUCAUUUCACAUUGUACCACUAUAAAAGGCAGAGACAUUAUAAAUGUAACAUUUAUGAAUUUAGAAAGCUGUGUGCCACCAAGGAGAGAGAUAUGUAAACAGCAAGGCAGACACUGAAGCACAACAGCUCUUGCCUGAGGACUGUAGCUAUGUAGACCUGCUUGAUAUUCACUCAAGGUAUCAUUUCAUAAUCCAAAAAAUGUAAAAAGGAGUGUCAAGAUUAUGUGGUGUUUAACCUGGUCUGAACCAUCAGAGGGGCUUAAGUGGCAUGAAUUAUUGGUGCUUUUUUCCUGUUACACAGAAUUUUCUAAUGGAGUUUUUGGUAGCCUUUGUUACAUGUAUUUUGCAGAUCUUUUGGUUCUUAACCUUUAAGUGAAUAUUGUUGAUCCACACAUUGUGUUUUUCUCUCUUGGAACUCUCCAGCUCACACAAAAAGUGGCAAAAUCUCUCUCUCCUUAAUACUGUAUCAGAAGGACAGGAUGUCACAUAGUAUGUAGCAGAAUGCAUGUCCUACUUUUGCACCACAGGAGCUGUUGUGUUCAUUUUUUUUCCUCUACACACUUCUUCUUACAUGUUCUGAAAAAUACACUGCCUGUAAGCAACAUUUUAAGUACAAGUCAGUGAAGGACA